CAUCCGUUAAAUAUCUGUCUCGUUGUUCUAUCUGUACCGUAGCUGCCUCCGGUCCUCUACCAUUACCGACCAAAGAUGGCGGCGUCAGGAACCGUAGCCCCCCGUCGUCUUGUCCAGUAUGUUGUGGUCCGGUCAGACCUGGUCCAUACGUUGGCCUGGCCAUUAGGGGCGGUUAUAACGCAAGCCUGCCAUGCUGCCAUCGCUGCCGUUCAUCUGAACUACAACGACCCAGACACGCAGGAGUACUUGGCAGAACUGGACAGCAUGCACAAAGUCGUCCUUCAGGCUGUGGACCAGGCCUCCCUCUCCAGCCUGUCUGAGACGCUGACAGAGAAGGGGAUCGCCCACAAGCUGUGGAUUGAGCAGCCAGAGAACGUCCCCACCUGCCUGGCCCUGAAGCCUUACCCCAAAGACAUUGUACAUCCUCUGCUGCACAAGUUCAAGCUGUUCAAAUGACACAGAGGGAAAAAGAGAGACCCCUGCUGUAACAUGCAUUUGGUGAAUGGAGUCUGGACCAUGGCUCCACACCAGUCAGUUAAUUUGGUGGUCUUUUUUUUGGUUGACCUGUGCAUCUUGGUGAUGCUGAAGGGGGAAGAACCAGCACUCCGUGUCCGUGCUCCAACUUCACAAGGAAAAAUCCCACUCUGAUAAGCAGUGUCAGUGUUUGUCUUCCUACAGUAACAAAGAGACAUCACUCACUGAGUGAAGACGGCCAUAAAACGGCAUUUAAAGAGUGAAGGUCUGUCCACCUAAUUUGAUGUGGCCAUGUAUCUUGUGAUUCAAAUUUUGUAUUUUUAUUUCACCUUUAUUUAACCAGGUAGGCUAGUUGAGAACAAGUUCUCAUUUGCAACUGCGACCUGGCCAAGAUAAAGCAUAGCAGUGUGAACAGACAACACAAGAGUUACACAUGGAGUAAACAAUUAACAAGUCAAUAACACAUGGUGUUAAAUGGUGAAUGGUUAUGCAAGGUAUUUUCCAGCCGCCGAUGGUUGGAGUCUCUUUACGAACAUACAAGAUGCAUUAAAGAUGGUCAACUAAUUUGGUAUUUUUGUAUUAUUAGUUACUUUACAAUACACAGAAUACAGCCCUUACAAUAAACUGAGGUAGAAAGAGCUAAUGCAACUAGUGGCAAUGUAGUGUGACUGUAAUGAAAAUGAGAAAUACAGUGUAAUAAAGAAAGACAAUCAACCAACAUUA